AUGAAACCUAUUUCGUAUCGUCCUGCGUUUUCGCUAUUCUGUGCAUCCCUUGUCCUCCUUAGUCUAUGGAUCAACUCUGAAAAGAUUCUGGGCCUAAGGAUUGUGCUUGUCAGCCAAUAUAACACGCUUGUUACCAUACUCCUUCCCUCAUUACAGACUUCGGAUCCAGACAGCACUCUAUGUCCUCAAGUUGAACCUCUAUUUCCCACUGCUCAUGCCGAGUUGAGCAAGCGACUUGACACCAUGUACUUUUCUGAAACAUUCAAAUCUUCAUCGUACCAACUUCUUGGUGCUUCUGUCCAAAUCCCAACAGAAUCAUACGAUGAUCUUCUCCCGGUUGGGCAGGACGAUCGUUGGGAUGUCUUCAAGACCUUUAAUAUAUACUUGGAAGGCGCAUUUCCUCUCAUAUAUUCCACUCUCAAGGUCAUAACUGUCAACACAUAUGGUCUUGUGCUCCAUUGGCAGGGCUCCGACGCUACAUUGAAGCCUCUGCUACUCACAGCGCACCAAGAUGUGGUCCCGGUGGAUUGGUCAAAUGAGGAUAAAUGGGUACAUCCGCCAUACUCCGGCAGUUACGACGGAACAUGGAUUUGGGGUAGAGGCAGCGUAGAUGAUAAGGCAGAUCUUAUAGCCCAGCUAAUCACUGUCAAUUCAUUAUUAGAAGCCGGCUUCCAACCUCGACGCACAGUUGUCCUUGCUUUCGGGUUUGACGAAGAAGCUUCAGGAACUGAGGGUGCCGAAAAACUUGCUGCCUUUCUCGAAGAAAGGUAUGGUAAAAAUGCAUUUGCAAUGAUAUUGGACGAAGGAGAAGGAUACGCCGAGAACGUCAAAAAAGGGACGAUAUUUGCGCUUCCUGGUGUAUCAGAAAAGGGAUAUUUCGAUGCGAGCAUCGAAAUUCUAGCUCCAGGAGGUCAUUCAAGUAUUCCGCCUGAACACACAAGCAUUGGCUUGUUGUCUCUUCUCAUUGUUUCGCUCGAAGCAAAUCCGCAUCUUCCCCGUCUAACCCGGAACGGGACCGCGUUUGCUGCAGCGAAAUGCGCCGUAGAACACGCGCCCGAAGGAAGCUUCCCGCACAGUAUGAAAGACUUAGCUCGACGUGCAAUGAAUGCCCACGACGAAAGUGCUCUUGAAAUUUUUUCCAAGGCUUUAUUCAGUUCUGUACCCUUCUUCGAUGUAUUAUCCCACACGACACAAGCGGUAGAUCUAAUAACAGGAGGCAUCAAAACUAAUGUGUUACCUGAAAGGGCUGGAGCUGUUGUCAAUCAUAGAAUAGCAGAACAUAGUUCCACCUUGGAAGUCAAGAAUCACAUCAAGGACCUUGUGCUUCCUUUCGCAACUCGAUACAAUUUAUCAGUCCAGGCCUUCGGAGAGGAUAUCCACUGCGGUCAUAAGAUAUCCAGACUUGGGAAGAUAGUCCUCUCAGACGCAUUCUAUUCUGCACUGGAACCUUCUCCUAUCACGCCUAUCGCAGAUAACCAUCUAUACGACGUAUUAUCUGGCACAAUCAAGGCAACGCUACAGAGUUCUUCAAGAUAUGAAGCGGAUGGUGUAGUCGUCAGCCCAUCGUUGGGAUUAGGGUUGGCUGACCUUGAUUUUGUAGAUACACGCUUCUACUGGAAUCUCACGGAGAACAUCUUCCGCUACUCCCACCGUGGCGAUCGAGAUGACGUGUAUAAUGGGAUGCAUACUAUCAACGAGGCUCUUCGAGGUGAUGCUUUCAUCGAAGAGAUACGAUUCUUUACAAUGUUGAUACUGAAUGUGGAUGAAAGUCAUUAA